CGGCUACAUUGCAAUGUAAACGUACCUUAUACAAACACUUUCCCACAUACAAUACAAUAGCAGAGCAAAGGAACCCCACCCAUAACUGGCUUCCCCUUCUGCUACACAACUACGAAUUUAACAAUUUGAUGGCACAAGGGGAAAAACUGUUCCUGUGCCUAGCCGUUUUUGUGUAUAAAGUCCUGUAGCGAUGUCCAGAUGGAAGUAAAUCAAACAGAUGAUGACUGGGAUGCAAAGGAUCUGCGACAAUUCCCUCUGCUCUCUUCCUAGCCCGGAUAGCAUAAAGUGUCUCUGUUGAAGGCAAACUAGCACCAGUUACCCUUUCUGCAAUUCUUACUGCUCGUUGGAGCCUUUUCUUGUCCAUAUUGGAGGCUGUGGCAUACCAGGCAGUAAUAGAAUUACAGAGAACAGUUUCAAUGAUACUUCUAGAAAAUUGAAUCAACAUUUCCUGGGGCAAAUUAAAUUUUCUUAGUUGACACAAGAAAUACAACCUCUGAUGGGCCUUUUUAAUAAUACUAUUGAUGUUGCCUGACCAAUUUAAGUUUUGAGAAAUUAUAGAGCCCAGGAACUUAAAGGACUCUACUACUACAACCAUGUUGCCAUGGAUGGAAAGUGGCGGCAAGACAGAAGGGUGCCUUCUGAAAUCAAUUACCAUUUCCAAUGUCUUUUGGGCAUUUACCACCAAAUUAUUCCUGCUGCACCACGAAACAAGAUGGUCUACUUCCCGCCUAUAUGCAGAUUCAUCGUCCUCCCGGAUAAGCCCAGUAACUGUUGUAUCAUCUGCAAAUUUCAAGAUCUUAACCGAAUCUUAACAAAGGGUCUGUAGCGUCUUUCAAAUAAGGCUAUUUAUAUUAACAGAACUUUGCACUUAAAUGUUGCUGGAUUUUCAAAAAAUCAUAAAGUGGUGUGAAAAUGUGAAGAGCUUAACUUAAAACUGGAAAAAUGAGAAAUGGAAGUUGAGACUUCCUCAACUCAACAAGGACGGUCCAGCUCUCCCUUGAUGCUCCUUUUGGAUACACAGCAGGCUCCAAAAGAUGCUGGUCAGUUAAGAGGAAGCGGAGAUAGAAAAGGAGGAACUGCUGCUUUCUGAAUCAUUCACGAGGUUUUGCUCUAGAAUCCGCCGCAGAAAACAGACUCCAAUGCAGACCCAUGGAGGAUGGCUUUGGAUUUUGCUGCUCUUUCCCCUGACAGCUCAUCAAGCAGAGGAAUCAGAACAUCCCUCCAAAGAUGACCAAAUAAAACAUCUCCAAGCUAAGUUUGUCAACACGACAUGGCAACAAAAUGAGUCCUUCACGUUGCAGCCAACUUAUAACAGAACAGACCCCUCCAACAGAGACUUGGGUGUCAUCACUACACUGUCUGACCCCGCUGUAAAGAGUAAAACAGAACAUCAAGGCAGAAGGCCGCUGGAGCCAGCCAUCACCAUCCACUCAGUGAAUGGGACCUGCAAUGUCACCUUGAACUGUGUGGUAACAGGAGGGGAAGGAGAGGACGUGACUUACGCCUGGUCGACUUCUGAAAUGGGGACGGUUCUCUCUGAGGAGCCGUUUCUGCACAUCACUCAGAAGCCCCCAGAUCAAACCUGGGAUUACACCUGCACUGUGCACAACAAGGAGAGUCAAAACUCCAGCACCGUUUCCCUGAGAGGUCACUGCCACGAUCCUUCAACUCUCGAUCAAGGAGCACUGACAUCCUUGUACGCUAAGUACUUAGCUCCACUUUUGCUCGUUCUGGUCCUGUUGCUGAUCCUGUUCCUCAUGUACAGAAGGAAGAGAGGAAGAGGAAGCCAUAGCAGGACCGUAUCUAUCAUUGAAUCAUCAGAUUCCGACUUUCCUGCUGCAGAAGAGGCCACACAGCUGAAUCCUGAGGGCUUCAAGCCAAUUCCCGAGGAGCCUCUGGAAAUGGUGCAAGUACAAAGUAUAAAUAAUAACGAAGAGGCUUCAACCACGCAGGCCCACCAGCCAAAUGUGCAGGCAAGAUGUGGACUUCCCUAACCCAGGAGGCCCAUCCAAGUUCCUUUUAUACGGGGCAGGUGAAAAGCUCUUCUUUCCAAUACAUCUUACCAACAUACGGAGCCUUGAUGAUUUUAAUCAUGGCAUGUGUUCAGCUUAAAGUAGGAUUGGAGCCCCCCUUGAGACAUCACAAACACACACACAUGGUUGGGGGAUCAAUCUAUGAGUGCAAGAGGAAGCAUUUACAGUUACGCCUUGGUUUGAGUAUUUUCAGUUUAAGUACUCCGCGGACCCGUCUGGAACAGAUCAAUCCACUUUCCAUUACUUUCAAUGGGAAAGUUCGCUUCAGGUUAAGUACGCUUCAGGUUAAGUACAGACUUCCGGAACCAAUUGUGUUUGUAAACCGAGGUACCACUGUAUUGAACUUUUGAAUGAUUUUUUCAUUCAAGCCAGAUAUUUAUAAACUAGCCAAUGUGCCCACAUUUUUCAAAGAGUCCUCUUUCUUCAGGGACAAAAACACUAAUUUAUUUCCCCCAGCUACUGAAUAUGCUUCUUCAUUCUAGCACACCUUCUCCACUUGCCUGGCAGUGCCAUGGAGUCUGGACAGUAGCCUUCUUCCUGAGGAGACGCAGACCUGCUUUGGCCUUGGCUCAGAAAAGGUUGGCUUGUGGGGGUUGUCAUUGGUCUCGAUGAUUGUACUGGCAGUUAGGUCUGCAGAUAGCCGGUGUUUCUUUUUUAUUGUUGCAUUUUUAUUAUACAUGAACACAAACUAAACAAAUGCAAGUGUAACAACAUCACUGGGGUGGCAUUAUUAAAAUAAAAAUUCAAACACAGUGGAACCUUGGUUCUCGAACGGCUUAGUUAAACGAAUCUGCUCCCGAACACCAAAAACCCGGAAGCAAGUGUUCCAGUUUUCUAACAUUUUUCGGAAGCUGAAUGUCCAAUGCGGCUGUCAGCUAUUGUUUCCGGGGCACCUGCGCCAAUCGGAAGCCGCAACUUGGUUUUCGAACGUUUUGGGAGUCGGACAGACUUCUGGACCGGAUUAAGUUCGAGAACCAAGGUACCACUGUGUUGAAUUUAUUAAAUCCUGCAUUGCAUUGAGAUGAUUCUCAGGGUCCCUUCCAAAUCUGAUUCUACGAUAUACUUUGGUAGUAAGAAUUAGGGAUGGGACGGUGCCCCUCUGUACAUGUAAGUUUAGUGAUUUUUCUUAUUGUGCUUGAUAUUUGCAAAAACCUUGAGUUGAAUAUGGAGGAGAGAAAGGGGACAAACUAAACAUCUCCCUCCACCCCUUCUACCUUUACUACAAUAAUAGUAAAGUUUGUAUAAGAGGGUCCAAACGUUGAUGUCAAUAUACACAUAUUUUUUCCUGUGCAACAGACAUGUACAUAAAUGCAUAUAUAUGAGCUUUAUAUUCCUCAUGCUCACUAUGAGCUGAAGGUAAGUGGGGUUCAGACAAUCCAUAAAUCCCAUUAACACCUAAAAACAGGGGUCCCCAGACUUACCGCUGCUUUGGGCCAGUGCCCGAAGCGCCGAUCCCAUAGCGAGGCAGAGGGCAGGCGAGCGUGUGCCCAUGCACCUGCACACACGCUCUAUCCGGUGCACUUCCGGGUCGCCAGAAAUGGCUUGUGCGCAUGCACACGGGCCUCCUCCGACCCGGAAGUGCACCAGAAAUGACGCACGUGCGUGUGCGCAAGCUAUUUCCGGUCCCCAAGCGACCUGGAAGUGGGUCGCCGUGCCACUAAGAGUGGGCGCCGCCGGGGGCUGGAUAAAUUGGUCCAUUGGGCCGUAGUCUGGGGCCCUCUGCCUUAAAACUAUUUGUGAGGAAUUUACAGCCAGCCCCAGCUCCCACUGCACCUGGUAGCCAGCCCCACACUGGCCACACAUUUGGCACACUUGAGAAGAGGUUCUAUAUGCACAUAGAUGUAUAUGUGGGAUUUCAAAAUCCGUACUCAUGUAGGGGCCCCCUUCUCCCACUUGCUGAGCACGAGACUGGUGCAGUCCUAGGCAUCAGGAACAACCCCCAAGCCAGCCUUCAGGGCAUGGAAACCACAGGAGUGUGUGCUCUUGGGCUCAGGUCCUGCUUACAAGGCUUCCCAGAGGCACAUGGCUGGCCCCUGGGAGAACAGGCUGCUGGCCUAGAUGGGCCACUGACCAGAUCCAGCAAGGCUGAUCUGGCUGGCUAGGUGGGUGUCCCCUUCCUCCCUCACCGCUCCAUGUGCGUCCCUCCCGAAGCUGUGCGCUCGGUGGAAGAAGACGACCGUCCCAGAUAGGAGGAGUGCACCGUUCUUCGGUCAAGGGUAUUCGAUAGCUGCGCUCCCCUGCUAGAACUUCCAAACAAGGCUCCUCUUUGUGUUCUUCAAAUAUUUAGCCAACAGAACAGACGCCCUCUUGGAUUUUAAAAAAUCUGUAUGGGACAUGCUCUUGCAGAGCAAGCAAACAAACCAGUGAGUUCAGUAACAUGGCAUUCAAAGCUGCUCGGAGAUCCUUGCAAUUGCAACCAAGCUAUUAUAAGCACAGUCACUGGAGGGUGUAAAGAUGCGUAGAAGCAGGAAUUAAUUGAAUUUCCAUUGUUUCGUGAGAUAAGCAAUAGAUAAAAAAAGACUAUUUUAAGGCUGAUCCUAAAUUCCUCUAGGGAUAUCUUUUUUUCCAGCUUCAGUAAAUCUGCCAGCAUGGAUGAGAGCUCUUUUCUUUUUCAACUCCUCCCCUCGUGCUUUUGGGUUUUAUAUUAUAAACCUUUUAUUGCUGAUAUUAUCACCAAAAUUACAGUUUAUUUAGCUGAAAAUUUAUUCCUUUCUGCGGGGCAAAACCCCCACAACUCAUCUUUCAGAGCACAGGGCAGAGUAGCACUAGCUUGCACGCUACUAGUACGCAGUGCACAACACCCUCAAUUGCCACAUUUUCAGUACUCAGCCUUCGUCAGCCCUCCAAGAUGUUUUAGACUCCCAUCUCCCAGAACUCCCUGGCAUGAUGGCCAGUUUGUACUAACAGCUGGGAGAGAUAGGAGUUGGGAAUCCAGACUACCUGCAGGGCUCCAGGUCGGCAAAGGUUGAUGUACCCAUGUGCUUGGCUUCAACUGCUGGAAGAGAAUAGAGACAAAUGCCAAAUGCUUUAAUCUGUGGAAGAGGAAAUGAUACGGGUGCCACAGAAUACUCACCCCGCAUUUAUAAGAUACUGAUUUUGUUAUAGGAAUUCGAAACUUUGGAACUCCCCGCCUAUUGACAUCGUGCAGAUCCUUUCCUUUUACUGCGCUCUUUUCAGCGCUUGCAAAGCACUUUCGUUUAGACAAGCCAACCAGAUACAUAGGACGUUUACAUGAGCUUCAAUCCGUUUUUAAUUAGUACUUGACUGUUUUGUGUAGUUGUUUUCAACGAUAAUUUUAUUUUCUUCCUCUUUCAAACUGCUUUGAGGUUUGUCUCCCCCCCCCCUUUUUCUUGCAAGCAAGCAAUGUAUCCAUUUUAUAAAAUAAAACAUCCCUUUUUAAAAAAAGGGGGGAUUCACCCAGCAUUCUGUCUCAGAUAGCAGACACAGCGGACCGAAUAGCGUACUCUGACAGCAGCAAUUGCAGCACAGCCACUGUGCUCAGUGAAGCGACCUUCCAGUCAAUUGCUUUCCUGCUCCACCACCUCAUCCCAGAGAGAUGCACUCUGCCCAUAAUGGCAUUUAAUUAAGCCGUUAAUGUGCUGCAUUUUGCCCUGAGUGACUGCAACAAGAGCAGUCAGCAGAAGCGUUCAGAGCAGCCUGCGGCUUGGGGGGAAAGAGUCGUAGUUUGCUGUUGUGGAUUUUGCAGUAAGAAAAGCUGUAACCAAUUCAAACAAAGGACAAAAUGGCAAAGGAGACUUCCACUCCCAGCCGCUUGCUACCUAAGACUCAGGCCCACUCAGAACCCCAUUUCUAUCACAGUGAUCUUAAUGAUGAAGAAAUCAAUCAGAGACGCCAGUAGUAUGUGUUGCGAAUGGGGAACCUGAAAUGCCAGUUCCAUAACUAAACUCUUUGGAUGGCUCUAGGCAGGUUAUCACCUGCCAGCCUCUUAUCUGUGAAAGUUGAUUUGCGGUGCUGCUGUUAUCAUCCACUCUGCCUCCCGUUUCUCAGCAGAACAGUCCUUGAUAUUUAUCAGGGGUCAGAUUGGAGUUUCCACAUUUAACUUGCAAAGGGGACUUUGGCUGAGCUAGAAACACAUUUCAAAUUCACAUCUCUCCUGUAAAUAUUGGAAAGAGGGGGGUGGGGAAAAAGGAAUUUCAAAAGUUCCAAAAAGUGUUUAUUUUUAUUUAUUUUUUAAAAAAUGUACAGUUUUACUUCCUAGAUUUAUGAAAAAAAACCUUACUAACAUUGCAAUAAUGCUUAGUACCACUGCAAACUGUAAAAACAAAAUUUUAUAUAUUAAAAAACAAUUUUACAUUUUACAAUUUUCUACACGCAUGCACAAGGUUUUUCCAACUCUGUCUUU